AUGGCCUUGAAUUUUAUUCAAUCCUUUCUGCCUUUGCUGUUAGUUUUUGCCUUCAUCGAUGCAGUAGUCAGUGACCCAGACAUAACGUCUGACUUCAUUACACCGGCCAAUUUCUCGUCUGUCAAUGGAACUUUCUUCACUUUCACAGGAUUCCGAGACCUACCUGAUCCAAUCCAAGGAACCCUAAUGGUGACAAAGGCUGGUUUGGUCGAAUUUCCAGCUUUAGAUGGACAAAGUGUGUCAAUGGCUAUUCUAAAAUUCCCUCCUGGAGGCAUCAACCCCCCGCAUACCCACCCUCGUGCUACUGAGCUUCUUUUCUCAGUGUCUGGAACCUUAGAAGUGGCUUUUGUUGAUACGAAAAAUAUUCUUUACACUAAGCAACUCGAGGCUGGUGACAUGUUUGUUUUUCCUAAGGGGCUUGCUCAUUAUCAGUAUAACCGAAACCAUCAGAAUCCGGCUAUCGCCAUUUCUGCGUUUGGAAGCGCAAAUGCUGGCACGGUAUCAGUGCCCAAUUCAGUGUUUGGCACAGGAAUUGAUGAUGCAAUACUUGCCAAAGCAUUCAAGACUGAUAUUGCUACCAUUCAGAAGAUCAAGUCAGGAAUUGCCAUCCCCUGA